CUAGAAACCAUUCAACAGUGCCACAAAAACUACCACUAAGGACUAAUACCAACUUCAACUACCACUACUAGUAACAACAACUUCGACUACCACUAGUCCACUACCAAUAACAAUUAAUUAUUUUAAACCCACUACUGCCAGACCAAAAUUCACUGGUACACAAAUAUUAGUGCUACCACUACAACUGGAAAAAGUGAGUGGUACCCUCCUAGUAAACUACCACUACUGCUAGUACCAGUGCUACCAUUCAAUUAAACUACCACUACCAUGCUACAAUUAAAAUGAGUACAAUUGCCACCACUACCACUAAAACUGCUACCAAUAGUGUUGCCUCUGUAGUGAUAGCAACGCUACCAAUUCAAAGUACCACUCGAUUAUACAAAAACCAAAUCAAACAAGCCACACAAGAAAGAAAGGAUUGCAUGAUUAUACCUCGCCUGUGAUGGUUUGCACGACAGCAAGAAGGGACGAUGGCGGUGACGGUUGCUGGGUUUUUUGGGAGACGAUGGAGGGGGAAAUGAUUUUAGGGCAGACAAACACCAAGACUUUGCACUCAACACGAGACCGGGUGAGACGAUGGCAGGAAACGCCGAGAAAAUUGAUCGGAGAUGGUGGAAGGGAAGGUUUUUGGGAGAAGACGGAGGAAAAUGGUUUGGGGGAGACGAAUCGUUCUGCGGGGAGGGUGGCUGAUUUCUCUCCCCCACCAAAUUCUUUCCCUUUUCAAAACCCGGCUGACGUCAACAAUUAGUGGGCAGACGAAUCCAGUGUGGGCACUAUCUUUUUUUCCUUGGCCAUCAUCAACCGUCACAUGGUGAGGAAGAGGGAUGGACGGCUACUAAAGGGGAAGCGAAAUUGACAACCCCAAGGGGGUUGUCACGGUAUCUAGUCCCGGCAUUAUGGCAAUCAAAUUUUUUAUACCAAAUUAACGCUGUUCAAGAAUCAGAGCGGCGUGCGGGUCCACAUUUCCAUUCCCGUCCAGGUUCCAAAUUUCGUCACCUCACGACUCCAAAACCCUAAUAAACCCCCGAACAAACAGAACUCAGAAAGCAUCCGCGAAAAGGAAACGGAGCGGAAAAUAACAAUAAAAAAAAAAAAGAUUGCCCGACAGAGAAGGAGGAGGAGCAGGAGAGGGAUAAUAAAAAGUUGAAAAAGUUUUGAAAAAACAAACAGCGAAAGCAAAAUAUUUUUUCUGGAUUUUGCGAAUUUCCGUCCGUCGUCAGUUCGUCCCCGCUCCCCCGAACUCCGACCAUCAAUGUCCCGGGAGUCGCCGUCGCACUGUCACCCUCGCGCCACUUCUACUAUUGCUCAGAUGGCGGCGGCGACCAAAAAAGGGACAACAGUCUUGGGAGAAGGCGUCGUCUUCGGAGACGUUGGCGCCAUGACCGUGUUGCUCCCCAAGGACCUUGAGCUUGUUGAGAAAUUCGACGACACCCUUUCAGCACUUCCUUCUCCCUCUCCUCCACCUCCUUCGUCUCUUUCGCUUCCUCGUUUCGAGUUCCCCGUUCGGCUCCCCAACAUCGGCCUUGCAAUCCGAGAUAUCACGAAGACUAGAGGAGUUGGGGAGUUCCUUAGUGGUGCAUUAGCCGGGGCUAUGUCUAAAGCUGUACUUGCUCCUUUGGAGACCAUCAGAACAAGGAUGGUUGUCGGUGUUGGAUCUAAAAACAUUCCUGGAAGUUUCAUUGAAGUUGUUGAACAACAAGGCUGGCAAGGGCUGUGGGCUGGCAAUGCUAUCAAUAUGCUUCGUAUUGUCCCCACACAGGCAAUCGAGCUUGGUACAUUUGAGUGUGUCAAGCGGACAAUAACUUCAGCACAAGAGAAAAGUAAACAGUCUGAAUGUCCAAGAGUGAAAAUCGGUCCCAUCAGUUUGAACUUUUCUCUUAACUUCAUUCACCCUGUUGCUGCUGCUGGUGCUGUUGCUGGCAUUGCUGGCACUCUUGUAUGCCAUCCUCUUGAGGUUUUGAAGGAUCGACUGACUGUAAGCCCUGACUUAUACCCUAGCUUAACCGUAGCGAUUGGUAGAAUUUACAAGGAUGGAGGCAUUGGUGCCUUUUAUGCUGGCCUUAAACCUACACUGAUUGGCAUGCUUCCAUAUAGUACAUGCUACUAUUUCAUGUACGAUACCGUGAAGAGAUCAUAUUGCAAGUCAAAGAAUAAAAAGUCGUUAAGUCGUCCAGAGAUGCUCGCCAUUGGAGCUCUUGCAGGGUUGACGGCUAGCACCAUCAGCUUUCCAUUGGAGGUCGCCAGGAAACGGCUGAUGGUGGGAGCUUUGAACGGUAAAUGCCCACCGCACAUGGCAGCAGCGCUCUCGGAAGUACUCCGGGAGGAGGGGCUAUUGGGACUAUACAGAGGCUGGGGUGCAAGUUGUUUGAAAGUCAUGCCCAACUCUGGCAUCACUUGGGUGUUUUACGAAGCUUGGAAAGAUAUACUCCUUGGCGAAAAGCAGGUUGCUUGACAUCCUACAGGUGAAGCUCCCCGCCUAAUUUUAUCCCCUUCUGAAAUGUAGAAGGUGGUGGCGGCGGCUCAGCAUUUUGCAGUGCUGCCAUUUAUGUCAGAGAUCCAGAGUGAGAGUCUUCUGGGGCGUAUAAGAAGGCUCUGGGCAAUAAUUUGAUUCCUUGCCCAUUUUACAUCUUUCUGACCAUUGUAAUCUGUAGGCGAGGCCUUGAGGCUUCAAAAUUUUGGUGCCAAUCAUCUUUUUUCAUGUACCAUCCCCACACUUGUCUUUAUAUAAUCAGUCUACCAUCCCGAUUUUGCUCCUAGUUCAUACUUGUAUUUUUCAGAUGGCACGAGAGCUACUCGUCUGAAAACGCACAUA